GCAAUAUGUAUAUGAAGGAAGAUUAUAUGUAGACUGCGUAUUGAACUGUCAAUAGGAGUAUAAAACUGUCAUUCACCUCCUAUGUUCAUGGACAGAUGUUUUUUCCGGAUAUUAUUUCUUAAUGAAGAAAGUGCAGUUAGCGGUUUUGUGUCGUAAAAAUAUGAAAUAAUCAGUGAUUUUUAUCUAACAUUUAUUGCAAGGAAUUACGCUUGCUCAUUCAGAAUGGGUUGUGUUCACACAACGUCAUCCCAGGCAGACAAUACCGUGAAAACCUUGUACCUACAUCGUAAACUAACGAGGAAGUCCCGCAAACACACGUCCGGCGGACAGACCAACGAAUCCGAGGCCGAACCUACAAUCCUGAAUAACCCAUCCAUAGCUAGGAAUUACUCUUGUGGAAGUGUCUUGUCUUUAGAUUUUCCCUUGGAAGGGAAGGAAUUUUUUAAGUUUCCCCGCUGGCGGGGUUACAAGAUGUGUAACGUUUGUGACAAGGACGAAAAGAUAGAUAUUACGUUGACUAUGGAAACAGCCAAACACAAAUUAUGUAACCGAUGCAUGAUGAUCACAGAAAUCAGGAACAAUAUGCAAUCGUGUGCUAAAUCCAAAGUCAGCGCAACGGCUUUUGCUAACCUUUUGGCUUUGACUGCAUUAGAUCUCUCUGCUCCAGCCAGUGAUGCUUUAGUGAAAAACAGGAAAAAUGCCUGGAUACAGCUAGCAGGUCACCCAGGUGCAUUUGCUCCAGCAGGCCCCAGUACGAUAUGGAAGAGGAGGAUAAAUAGUAAAGACAGCACAGAAACUAAAGCGUACGAAAUGUUGAUGAAGGAUCCUGCCCAUGACAUCGUGCCUGAGUUCUUCAGAGAGGUGGAAUAUAAUGGGGAAUAUUUUAUAGAAAUAGAAGAUCUUUUACAACAUUUUAAUAAUCCAAAUAUUAUGGAUAUAAAAAUUGGGAAAAGGACAUUUAUGGAAUCUGAAGUAAAAAAUCCUGUGCUCCGUAAAGACUUGUACGACAAGAUGGUCAAACUGUGUCCCGAUGCCCCGACCCCAGAGGAACACAAACAACAGGCUAUCACCAAGCUCAGAUAUAUGCAGUUCAGGGAAGAGGAGAGUUCUACUGCAGAUUACGGCUUCAGAAUAGAGGCUUUAAGGGUGUCAGGUGAAUCUCCUACAACAAAUUUAAAGAAAGUGAAAACGGUGGCACAAAUAGAAAAUGUUCUAAGUAAAUUCAUACAGGGUCAAGAUUCUGUACGGUCAAAGUUUCACAGCAGACUAAAAUACAUCAAAGAGAAAUUUGAAUCAUCCACAUUUCUGAUGUCACACCAGAUUAUUGGAAGUUCUAUUCUGUUUAUGUUUGAUGAGUAUGGUAACACUGGGGCAUGGAUGAUUGAUUUUACAAAGACUGUACCUAUUCCACAAGGCAAAACCCUCACUCACAGAGAAGAUUGGGUACUGGGCAACUGUGAAGAUGGCUACUUGUUUGGUGUGGAUUCAUUAAUAAAGAUUUUUGAAAACCUUGACUGCUGUAAGAGUAGGAACAUUAACACGCCUCACAAUCAGGAGGAUGGGUAAUGAAGGUGUGAUGCUAGGGAAUCUGCAAUUAACCCCCAACUCAAGAAUCUCAACACCCAUCUGGGACCACGAAAGGACAGAAGUCUAAGAGAUGUGCAUGCUUGCAGUGUUCAUGAUGGGAUAUAUAUGACAAGCCAGUGAAGAUUUGUGUUUAUCCUUAAUCCUGACCAAAAUGGGGAUCAGAUUUAAGUUUUAUAUAUUGAUUUUAGAUUCAGUUGUCUGCAAAUAUCCCAGUCAAUAUUGAAAUGCAGUCAGGUUUGACUUGAACUUGUUAUUCAAUAUAAAAAAAAGUGUCUCCUCAGAUUUCACUUUUAGCUCACCCUAGUCAAAGGCUCAAGGAAGCUAAUCUGAUUGGAUAUUUGAACGGUGUCCUUAAUUUCCACUACUUCACUAGAUCCACUUGGCAGAUUUCUUCUAUAUUUGCCAAAAGUUAUUUUUUUUAAUUUUGCAGAUUGAAAAAUGCACCUUCAUACUCCAGUGGGUAGGGAGGGGCCUCAAUAGGGGUUCAAAGGUAGACAGAAAAAUCAUCAAAUUAUUCAACAGCACACCCAAGCUACUACUGUAUAAGUCAAUUACAUGUAAUAAACACAAAUCCUCAUAAAGUAAGAUUCAUUAUCCCUCUGUUCAUAUUAAAUUUUAUUUAAAUGAUAAUUAUUUUAAUUAAGGAAACAAAAUCAUAAUUGAAAUGCCCACAAUAUCAGAAUUCUUUGUAGUGCAAAAUUUGAUCAGAGUACUUUGUGGUGCAAAAUUUGACUGAAAUCAUUAAUGAAUAUGACAAUUUUUCUAGGAAAUACUAGUCAUUUUUCCCAUGGAGAGUUAUCUUUCUUAUUGGAGGAUCGGUGAACCUUAAGAAUGGUGAAAUCUUCAUUCGCAAACAGCAAGGAUGAAAUAGUCAAAUAAAAAAUGUAAUCAUUCUCAUAUUCCAUUUUAUAAGAAUUAUUCUCAAUCCUCAACAAGUCAUUUAUUGCAUGAAAGGCCCAAGAAUGGGGUUCAGAGAUUCAAUUAAAAAAUUAAAGAAUUUGUAAGUAUAGUUAAACAAUAAUUUUGCUCAAUUGAUAUGCAAGUAUUAAAUAUAAAAUACUGAAUACGACUUUAGAAAGCAAGGCCUUUCUCUUAAGGCCACAAUAUCUACAAAUUCAUUUGACAGACACAGGUGAGCACUGUGGCUCAUGGACCUGUUGUCUUCAAUACACAACAUAUAUCAGACAGGUGAUUAUGGUAUAUUUAAAAUUUUUCUAUGAGUGAUUUAGCAUAGCUAUAAUUUGUACGAUUCUGUUUUUAUUUGUCUCAUCUACCAUGACAAUGACCUAUAACUAGAUAUAGGUCAGUAACAAUUUUCUUUGAAAUAAGGGGUAGCAACUGUGCAAGUGUUUGUUUUACCACACAUUUGUUCAGUAGUGAAGUUAAGGUAUCAGUGUUUUACAUCACAAUAUGAACAAACUGAAGUAACCUGGAAUCAUGUGAUAAGCACUCAAAUUUGUUACUGCUUGGUUUCUUGUAUAUUGGGAUCUGAAAUAUACAUUGUAUACUAGAUUUGAAAGCAUAAUUCUGUCAAAUUAUGUUAUAAAUUAUCUCAAAGAAAUUGUUUCAUGUUAAGAAUAUGGUUUUGUAUUUGUCUAGAUAUAUGUAAAAAAAAAGAAAAGAAAAGAAAAGAAAUAUGUGGACAGAAUUCUGUUCUAGCAUUGAUUUAAUUUUUCAGGGUACAGAGUUUUCUUUUUUUUCAAUGGAAAAUAUGAUUAAUGACAAAUUUUGUUCUGAUAUUUUUUCUCAAACAAUUGUAAUGGAAAUGAAAACAGAUUUCUGGAUUUCAAGGCACUCUGUAAGCUUGAUUGAACAAAGACCACCAAAUGGCAUGUGUUUUACAUGAUAUUAAUAUUUAUAUUUAGUACUGUGGAAUCAUUUUUUUCUGAUGGCAAAUUUUAAUGGAUCGCUAAAAAUUACCAGCUGCUAGGGAUAUAAUUUUGUGGAUAAAGGACUCGAUAUAAACUUCCUGCUCAUUGAAAAGUUCUUGUAUCAUGGUCUGUCCUUUAAUGUAAAAUGAAAUAAAUGGGAACCUACAGUUAAUGAAAUUUGAAAUAGAUUGAAGUAUUCUUAACAUUAUACAUUGUAGUCUGAAGAUAUGUUCCUCAAAUAUCUGUUUCAUAUAUAUCUCUUCGUAAUAUAUAUAUAUAUAUAUAUAUAAAAUUAUUCAUAAUCGUCUUUCUCUUGUGAUUUCUAAAUUGUUUUCAGAAUGUUUAAAAAAUAAGUACACUAAUAAUUGUGAUACUGGCAAUUCAAAAGAUAACCAAAAGGAUUAUACAGAAAACGUCACCCUAUAGUAUCUUGCACAAAUGCCUGGUAAAGUACCUUAUUUUUGGGGGAGGAAACUUGUUAAAGUAGCAUCACUUCAAUGACAAUUUCUUGGGAAAUUGUAUAUUAUUGAGGAAUGUGUCAUCUGACCUUGUAUUAGACCAAGAUAAUUACUGUAGAUCACCAAAUUUUCGCGACACUUUAAUUUCGCGAAAAGGCCAUUUGGUAUUUACAAGCGAGACAUAAUUUUCAUGAUCUUUGGUUAUUGUUCUAUAUAAUCUUAUACUACAAAUAUUUGCGAGAAUUUAAUUUUCGUGAGCAGACAGUUUCGUGAAAUUACGCGAAAAUAAAGUUCUCUCGAAUAAAAAGUGAUCUACAGUAAUUGAAGACAUUAUAUGCAUGUAUUUUCCCAUUGUAAACAACAAUAUGAUAUCUGUUCAUAAAUACUUUGUUGUCUUUGAACAUUUUUCUUGGAGAAAUAUUGCAGGUACUUUGUUUUGAAAAUGAACUAGAGAAACUAAAUAAAAUGUGUGCACCUUUAUAUGAUACAGUUUUCUCAAAUUCCAACAAAUAUUUGUCAUUAGUGUUUAGAGCAUCCUAAAAAAUCAAUAUUGCUGGAGACUGUUUAUGAAUUCAUGGGCAAGAUUCUUGAAAUUCGAACUUUCAUGACAGUAAUGGUUCCACAGUACAUCUUUUAUUUUUUUUUCUACUAGUGUUUUAAACCAAAAUGAUAUUUGUGCAUUCAAGAAGUGAGCUGUUGAUGAUAUACAAUGUAAUUAUUUUGAUAUACAGGUCAUUAGCCAGUAUUGUAAACCAACUUAAUUCACAUGUGAGAAAUAUUCUCGAGUUUCGAGAUCUUCUUUAACUUGCGAAUAUUUCUUGUCGUAAACCAAUGAUUUACUUGUUUAUUUAUGUUAAAUGUCUCCUUAGUUGCAAAAAUUAACAGUCGUGGAUUGAUUUCAAACUGACCAAUUGCGAAUAAAAGAUGUUGCGAAUAAUAGUCGGUUUACAGUAAACAAGAUGACGUUAGCUUUAAAUGUUACAUUUCCGAAAUUGUUGAACAUUAAGGUUUGGCAUAAGUGUCGUAUUAAAUAAAUUGUAUGCUUAACCAUGAUAAAUAUUGUUGCAGUGCAUAUUUAAUGAAAAAAAAAAUGUGCUGAUUGUGCAUUACUUACAAUAAAUAUGAAUAAAAAUUUA